CUUGCGUGUAAAACGGUUUUAGGAAGUUUAUUUGGUUGUUCGGAGGAAGAAGACGACAAUCCAUCUGAAUGCGAAGGAAUCCACCACCGUUGGCGAAGUCAAGCAAAUGAUUGAGGGUAUUUUGAAGGUACCUCCCGCUGAUCAACUUCUGCUGAAGCACCAAACCGAAAUGAAGAACGAAAAGACGUUGGCCUCAUAUAAUCUGAAUGCGCAGACGGCACGGGCUCACAUGCCGGCCACUCUUGGCCUUUGUCUACGGGACAAGGCCACCUUCAAUGUUCGCACAUUGAAACAACAGGUGGCUCUCUCUCGUACGCCUGAUUCCCUCCGCAUUGAUGUAUAUUGUCUGUCAGAAACAACGGCACAGGAUGCAAGCACUUUGAUCGAACUGACCGCUGUCUCGCUCUCUUUCAGGUUCCGGCUGCGCACCUCUGGUGAUGCAGAGGCGGCCACAGUCGGAUAUACUGAGGCCAAAGAAAUGGAAGGUGCAAAGAGUGCUGGAAACGUGCGCAAGCUGUUCUACUUGGUUCUUUCGACUGGUCCUCGGAAACCUCUUGUCACCGAAAUAAUCAGAGAUCAAAGUGGCUCCCUGAUAUGCAGCAAGGCGGAACACUUGGACCGCUGGGCACAGUGCUUCGAACAGCAAUUCAGCCUGCCAUCUGCUACCUCCAAUUCAGAAUGUUGGCCUUCAACAGAAAGGUGGACCGUAACUAUGGAGCCGCCUUCAGUCUCAGAAGUGUCCGAGUGUAUUUCUCUACUCAAGCGUCAUCGUGCUGGUGGUCCUGACGACCUUUCACCUGCUCCUUCCAAGGAUGGCGGUGAACUCCUCAGCCAGUGCCUGUCUGGCCUGUUUGGACCUAUCUGGGACAAUUGGGCUGAAUCGAUAGUGGUGACCAUUUUCAAAAAGGGUACUCGCAGUGAAUGUAGUAACUACAGAGGUGUUAGUUUGACGCCUGUUGUGACAAGGCAUCUGGUGUCACUGAUUCUUCGUUUUCUUACAGUGGCACGCAAAGGCUUGACUCGUGAGAAUCAAGCGGGGUUUCUCCUGGGUAGGAGCUGCGUUGACCACAUCUUCACACUCCGUCAGGUGUUAGAGCAACGGUACAUGCACGGACGACCUACCUUGGUAUUCCUUGACUUCAAGGGUACUGACAAAUUCGAAACUCUGGAUAUUACACCCUACUCAACUCCUCCCGAACUACCCGAAGUCAUGCGAUGUCAGGAAAACAUGGCUCCUCAAACUGCACAGGAAAUUCCAGCUGGUGCAAAACAGUAGAUGAUUGAUUUGAACAGGUCGACUGCAGAAACCUCACAACUUUAUGUGGGCUUUGAAUCCCUAUGUUGAAUAACCCCCUGUUCCCCCUUGUCUGGUAAUUUGUUGCCUGUGCUAUUUUCAACUUCAUCUAAUGUGAACUCAUCCUAUUUUUUGGCAACACUGACGGUAAGAUGCGUUUUUCGGAUUGUCAGUAAGAUACCACCGGACUAUUCUGAGUGACAGUUCUGUUGCCUUCCAAUGCUGUUUUCGUAAAACUUUCAAACGAACGAGACAAUAGUGGGCGGAUGUCAGUAUACUGUUCAAACCGUAGUUUGUCAGAAGCUUGAGUCAUUUCAUGACUUCCCCUACACUACCGCCUACAGUCUUACUAUUCGAACAGUAUCCAGUUCGAUUUUAGCAUUGGAGAUGUCAUGAAUUAGGUUCAUUCAUCUUUCUCGGAUGUUCAUCAGUGUCCAUUACAAGGAUGGUUGUGUCUGAUUUGAGCAUAAAAUACACUUGUUGAUGGUGUUAAAAUUUCGAUUCUUGGCUGGUCCUGUUUUUUUUUUGAGUUUCUGUUUAACAAUCAACUAUAAUGGCGGAAGCCCAAAAAAUUC